CCAUAUUUGCAUUCAGUUGUUCUUUGGUGAAGAAAAAUAACAUGGCGAAUUUGGCUUCAAGCCCCGUUCGAGAGGCUAAUGAUGAAUGCUAUAUGCGAAAGUUAGAGACCAUCAGAGACAUCAGGUAGAGAAGUAUUCGAAGAGUUAUAUACUGCAAAAUCCAACGCGCAUUUUUAUGUUUCUUAUCAAGCUUUUGACGAGCUUCUAUGAAAUGCAUGCUUAACAAAAAGGCUUUUCAAACAUUGUGUAUAAUUUAGGUUUUCAACGCCCUAAAUUGUUAUUCCCUCAGUUCCUACCUACAGUGAAAUUCAAUGAGAGCAAAUUCUCUGAGAAGUUUUCCUUUGAACAAAACCAUUUCCUACUGCUUGAAAAAUGGACUGUUUUAACACCUUUAAUCUAAUUUAAGCUUUAGCUGUAAAAAGGCGAUGAAUAUGUAUGCAUGGUUGUACUUUUUAUGCAAAAGGUUUACGUGGAAAAUGCAUCUUUCAGCAGGAUCAAUUGCAAUUCAAAACCAUUUUUACUCAACAAAGCACGCUCUUGCUAUGAUAUGAGCUUGUUGUUUUUUGUUAUUUCCGAGCAAGCUUAAAAAGCUAGUUUAUUGGCCGCAUCAUAGGCCUUUCUGUCCCUUAGACUGUUUUUGUGUACAGUGUGAAGUAGUUUUAUUCUUGUGUUACGACCUUUUAAAUUAAAAGGUAAGACAAAUCUUCUUUUCCCUUGCAACUAUUAGUGGCCAAGCCCAAAUUCAAUUCAAGAAACGUUGGGAAUUAUUAUAUUUUGUUUCACAAAAUACCAAAAAAAUAAUAAUGCUCAUUUAGCCUACUGGUAAACAUUUUGUGCAAGUACUGCUGAAGAGGUUUCCUUUCAAUAGAUUGUGCGCCCGCCCAAAAGCUAGCAGUUCAAAGUUCAAAAUUAUACAGUCAUAGCAAAAGGUUCAUUUGAUUGCUAAAAGUCUUCUUUUUUUUAUAAAACACACAGGCUAAUCUUAUUCAUUUAGUUCAUACCAUGAUUUAGCUUUAACAUUGACCGAGUUAAUGUCUAAAUAUGAUUAAGUUUUGUUACCUUAAAUAAGAAGAUUUCUUGGUUUUCACCUAGUUUAGCAAUAUAUAUAAGUUAUUUCAUAGCCAUAUUAAACAAAAUAAAAUGUGAAGCAAUAUAUGUCUUUAAAGAAAAGCAAUUACCAAUGGUUAGGAAGUGCAGGCAAACGUGUGCUGGAGAACGCCUUUCAUAAUAAGUGAAUAGUGAUUGCAUCAUCACGUGAAUAAGAAGACCCCUUUAGUUUUAGGAAGAAAUCCUAAUGGAAUCAUGAAUGUGGAAACAAUUUAAGCAAGGUUCAUAUUGAAUUUGUUUUAUUCACGUGGCCUACAGAUACAAUUAGCCUGUGAAGGGCAAGAAGCGAGGAUCAGAGGGAGAGACAAUAUUGUGUUUAAGAUACACUGAAGCCAUUAAUUUCUGACAACACUUAACGUGACAUGUACAGUCAUGACUACAAAGUCCUAUUAUUCAAUCUGUUCAGUUGUCCUAAAUUUCAAGAAUUAUUUUCCUCAAUAAGGUCAUUUGAGGAGUUCAUUCAACCUUAAUCUCUUGGUGGGGUGGGAUAGUGAUGUUUAAUAGCUUGAUCAAAUUUCAUUUCAUUUGAAUGCCUACAUGAAUACACUAAAAACUUUCCCUUGAAAGUACAUGUGGACUAGAGAUAUCCAUUAACAUUUGAUUGACAUUUUAUCAUUUCUUAGCUAAUAAUAAACUCCCACAGGUCAGGUAGACAGACUAUUCGAAAUACUCAGGAUUAAAGGGCAUGUGAGAUUUCAGUUUGACUUGCUCCCAAUCUUCUAAUGGCUUCACCACCAAAAAAUGACUUGACAGCUCUGCAUGCACCCAUUUAUCCCGCCAUUCGCUGCCAAAUUCUCAUCUGUCAUUUGGUUUUGUACAGUUUGUAGAAAUGGAACUUUGUGUUAGUUCAUUUUCCCUUUUUUAAAAUUAUUUUUACUUUGCCCUUUUUUUGUUUCAGGGUUAAGACAUCCCAGUUAGAGAAACUUAAAUCUCAGCUCAUUCAAAAGUUGGACAGUGCUGACAAGGAGAGUAAACUGUUGAAGGAUUACAAAGCAGAAAUGGAAGCUUUGCUGCAUGAGAAAAUGGCACAUGUUGAGGAGCUAAGGCUUAUACAUGCUGAUAUCAAUCUUGUAAGUCAACCUGAAAGUCUUUCUUUUUUCUUUGAAAUCUACACUUUUGUAACUUUAACCCAUUCACCCCCUGAAAAGUUUGCCGAAAAACUCGUUUUGAAGGUAGUCGAGCGGUUUUCUGGUCACUGUCGUGCUAUAAAAUAAUAAAGAGCUAAAACUUACUAUAAAGCCAUUUACAGGUCAUUCACCUUGCGGCCUUCUGAUCCAGAUGCAAAAUAUUAGCGUGCAAAUUUCAGGCAUGUGCAGAAAGCAAAAUUCAGAGAUAGUUUUUGGGUAUAAAAGUGACUCAGCAGUCUUGACUUUUACUUUUCACUUUCUCUCCUCCCCUCUUUUUUCUCUUUUAUUGCCUCCUUUUUUUUUCUUUUGCUGGGCAUUUAGGCUUCAUUUUGGUGGGAAACGUUUUCAGGAAAUCUUUUAGGAUCUUAGGAUUAGAUAAAAGGAAAGGUAGGUGGGUAUACUGGAACAACAUUUUCAUGGAAAUUUUCAGUUCAAUGUUACAUGGUUGUUUUACAUUAUUUUUUCUCCGGUGUCCUUGACUGAAUUAUGCGUAUUCUGGUAUGGUUUGAAAGAUAGCUUCACUCUGCACAAGUUAGUGGGGCGAAUUGGUUAAAGUGACUUCAAUCUAUAAAAAUGUAGUAUUAGAUGUUCCUGUUGCACUUGCUUUCUCCCAUAAAAUGCCUUCUUCUGUUAUUUUGAUCAAUAUCUUUGGUAAACCUGACUGUGUAAUUUUACAGGGAAGGGCCAUGGCAAAUUAACCUGAAACACUAGGAGUGCAGGAGGGGGAUACUAUGGGUCAAUUUUUUUGUGGAUACAUGUGUCGCUGGCCUCUCAAAAACCCUACCCCAGUCCUUUCUGUUUUGAAUUAUACAUUCAGACCCCAUCUUAGGCACUUUUUGGGCAUUCAAAUUCAAUUUUCACAACUCCAACUUAGUUACUUUCUGUCACUUUUUAAACUGUGUAUCUUCCCAUUUUUAAAUCCCUCCUAAUUAGAAUUUUCUUAUUCCUCCCCCUCCUGCCUACUCCCCAAAAUCCUGAAAAUGUGCAUACCCAAUUUUCAUUUUUUUCACGUGUUGUGAAAAUGCAUCCCCUCCUGCAGCACAUCCUUAUUAAUUAGCCUAUCACGACGAAGUAACCCCCCCAUUGCUUGGAGCCAGUUGCAAAAAACCUAACAUCAGAGUUUCAUUUUUAUGUAAAUACUGAUAUUGGGCAUUUAAAUAAGGGUCUGACUAAUGAUUACAUUCAUAAUGUAAGGCCUUGCUCAAACGUCAAUCUUUUCAUGUUCCGAAUACCUAUUUUGGUCGACCCAAGUGAUACAAGUUCAACAGUUGAUUCAGAUGUCGCUCCUAAAUAGUUGGGCUCAAUUCAUUUUCACGACGUUCAGUGAUCUAAACUGCUUUAUACAAAUAAAAAUAAAUUUUUAAUAGUAAUUUAUGCAUUAGGUUUGGCACAUGAGAAGUUCAAUGUAUCAACCAAAGUUGCUUCAUAGUCGUAAUUCCCAUGUGGGCCACUCAAUCUUAAUUCAUGGGUAAACCCAAAUUAAACUUAAAUCAAUUAUUUACUGAAAUGUCGAUCUUUUCACAUACUUAAUUAAAAGGAGUUGGCUCGGCACAUGAAAAGUUUCACGCCUGAACUGGGCCUAUCUGGCCCUGAAGCUGACAGUGGCACCAAGGCCAGCAGAAGGUUUCAUCUGGUAUCACAGUCAGGACAGGUGUAUGGCUGUGUAAAAAAUGUCAAAUUUUUUUAACUCUGAACAUUUCAUACUGAAUUUUCCUUUCAGAUGGAAAACACUAUCAAACAGUCUGAAGCAGAGAGGGAGAGAGGAUUGGAAACAUUGAGAAGGCUGCAUGAUGAGUACAAACCUCUGAAGAGAGACAUUGAUAAAAUGAGAGAGUCUCUAGGCCUUGAUAAAACCGCUAGUCUUGAUGAGGAAAGCAGCCUCACAGAGUAAGCUAUUCACAACUACAAACAAGCAAAUUCCGUUAAUUUAUUUUUUCUUUUUGUUCUUGUCUUUCAAAAUCCUUCUGCAUGUUUGCACACCCCUCUGAUAUGUUGUUGCAGUUGUCAACUUGUCUACUAGCAGGUUGAGAAGAGGGGGACGGCUGUACACUUCCUACUUUUUUACCAAUUUUGUUUGUCAUUCACCCUUUAGUUAGAGAAGUAAUGUACUUUCCAUUAUGUCACCGGCAAAUUUGAUAGAAUUAUAUACCUACUGUGGCCUAUUCUGCUAUUGUUUUAGUUCCUCUAAAGGUUACCCCCAACUACCCAUUCCAAAGCAAGGCAAAUUGCUGGUAGUAAAUUAAUUAAGAGAGAUAUGGGAGUUUUCAUAUCCCAUUCAGUGUGGACUGAUACUUUUUUCAAGUGCAGCUCUACUGUUAGCUUGUCCAUAAAGAACUUCAAUUCUGUGCAUUCCUUCAAACAAGCAUUUACAUGUAUCACCAUUUCUUUCCUCAGGUUUCUUGAACGUGUUCCUCCUGCAUGGAAAGCAGAGCCACAGGAGCCACCUCCUCCUCCAGUCGCCUCGCAGUUGGCUGCAGCAGCAGCGGCAGCUCAGCAGCUUGUCAACAAGCGGGGACCUCCAGGAGAGAGGCACUUCCGGCAACAACAGCCACCACCCAUGAAGGCAUGCCUGUCCUGUCACCAGCAGAUUCACAGGAACGCCCCCAUUUGCCCACUGUGCAAAGCAAAGAGUCGCUCACGGCACCCAAAGAAGACGAAGAGAAAGCAUGAAGACUAAAACUCUUGAUUGGAGGUCAUGCAUGGACUGAAUACAUGGGGGCUCUCUCAUCUAAUGAGAUUGUAAUAAGUAAAUUAAUAUUACUUACUUAAUCAAUGUCUGGAAUUCCUUUCAUGGGUUUCUUAGUUCCAGAUAUCACAUUAGCUGACCACUUAAUCAAGAAAAAUGGCUACUGAGAGAAAAUGCAUACCACACAUUGAUAUUAAGUGAGUAGUCUUUAUUUGUUUAUUAUAAUUUCAUCGGAUCGUGGGGUGUGAGAGCUCUCUGUGCUGAAGUGUCAUUAACGUCUGCAAUUUAACUUCGUCUUUGCGCUGUUCCAGACUCUAGUAAAUCUAUACUGUAUAGGCCAAAAAAACAAAAAACUAUUUCCCAAUAACUAUUUAUGCUAGGUGAAAGGUACAACUGUGAAUCCUACGAAAUAUAGUGUUUUAUUUAAAAAGAAAAGAAUAAUGGCUCGUGUAUCUCCCUGUUAGUGCUGCUUUAGACAUUCAUUUUGUGUAACAGAACCGUAAAAAUAUAAAAUACCGGUAAUAUGUAUUCCUGUACUACAUUCGAAAGAGG